AUGCUUCCAAUGAAGUUGAAAGCUUUCUUAACGCUAUACCUAGCAUUAGGAACCUUGUUUUUUACAGGGUACUUUGAUGAAAUUAUUACCUGCGUUUGUGACUAUUGCCAAGAGAGUAAUCACACUUGUCUUACAACCGAAAGCUGUCUCACGAUUUUAAAACGAGGUGAACUUGAGGACGAAGGCGUGAUAGAAAGAAGAUGUAUCUUGGAUCACGGAGAAAGGAUGACUACUUGUGAAUACCCUGAGAAAGAUGAGAAGUACGAGCAAUACUUGCAAUAUCGCUGUUGUUACGAAGAUUACUGUAAUGAAAAUGUCAGCAUCGCUUUUCCUCCUUUUCCGGCAGCAACGUCUCCUUCAACUAAAAAAGGACAAAAUAGCGAGAACUUUACCACUGAACAGACCUUGGUAUUAAUCACUGGAGGAUGUUUUAUCUUUGGCGUUCUGGUAAUGUUUAUCGUCUACAGGUGUAAGCGAGAUGUGGAAGCGUCUGUGCCGUCUGAGUCACCAGCUGGACAUGUGUGUGGAUACGAAGAAUCGUCAGGAGGCACUGGUUUACCAAUCAUGGCUCAGAUUACUGUUGCACGUAACAUAAGCAUCAUCCAACUGGUCGGCCGUGGUCGAUUUGGUCAGGUUUAUCGGGCCAAAUGGCAUGAAGAAGACGUGGCUGUAAAGUCUUUUAAUUCGAGUCAAGAUGGAUCGUGGAACAGGGAAACUGAGAUAUACCAGACUGUUAUGCUUCGACAUGAAAAUAUUUUAGGGUUUAUAGCUUCUGACACCAAAGACACCGGGUCUUACACACAGCUAUGGUUGAUAACAGACUACCACCAGAACGGUUCCCUGUGUGAUUACCUUCAGAGAACGACCUUGGAUGUGCCAGGGUUAAUGAGACUUGCCCACUCCGCUGCCAAGGGUUUGGCCCACCUUCAUAGGCACGUGAUAGGAGCUAGUAAUCAGGGCAAACCAGCCAUGGCUCAUCGAGAUAUCAAAAGCAAGAAUAUCCUUGUGAAGGAUGACGGAACUUGUUGCAUAGCAGAUCUUGGGCUCGCCGUUCGAGGGACCUCCCAGGGUCUUGUUGAUGUUCCCACGGGUACCCGUGUUGGGACAAGUCGUUACCUGGCGCCAGAAUUCCUUGGAGAUUUUGACACCGUUUCUUCUUUGGAUGGCUAUAAAAGAGGAGAUGUCUACUCUUUUGCCCUGGUGUUAUGGGAGAUGACGAGACGGUGUGUUACCGAACGGGUCUGUGAGGAAUACCAGCUUCCAUAUUAUGACAAAGUUCCUGCGGAUCCUAGCGUUGAAGAGGUUUAUGAAGUGGUCUGUGUUGAAAAGUAUCGACCUUACUGUCCAGAUCGAUGGGAACGACACCCGACGCUGAAGAGAGUGUCAAAGAUGACGAAGGAAUGCUGGAAGGAUAAGCCAUUAAGUCGUCUUACGUGCAUGCGUGUCAGCAAGUCCCUGAAAAACUACAUGGAGGAGGCAGCUAUGGAUCAAGAUGAUGCCAUCUAGAUUUGCUUAUAAUAACUUCAGAACGGUGUAUACAGUCAAAGUAAUUAACGUUGUCCACCGAAAAAAGACAUUUGAACAUUUACACAUUUAGACAUUUAGACUAAAAGAAAUAUCACGUGUUUCAUUAUGUAUUCUUUGCCUCGAGUGCGUCAGCCUGAACUUUAAAUGUAAAAUUCAGCUCGUGAAUCGAAAAUCCAGAAUGCCCCGACCAUUUAGUGAGUAUUUAAGAUGGACAAUGGUAUUUCAGACGGUUUGUUUUAUGCCAGAACGUUCGAGGAAACGCGUGAUAUUUCUUUUAGUCUAAAUGUGUAAAUGUCUUUUUUCGGUGGACAACGUUAAUGACAUUGACUGUAUACUGUUACUUAAACGGUAAACUGAUUAAGUAUUAACUUCAGUUCAGUUUGCUAUUUAAACCUCAGUAUGAUACUGCUACUCCUUUAC